CCCCUGCUUGCUCGUUUUUUUCAUCCUCCGAGUUUUUUUUUUCCUUUUUUUAUUUUCACAGAGACGAUGAGUGGUAGAGAGGCUGACCCGCAGUAUUGUUCACAUGCUAUUGGCUUUUAUGUCACAACAAUCGGCUGCAAUUGUUGGAUGCUAGCUAACAUUGUACAAAUGAAAUAUUAAGCUAGCUAGCUAACGUGUAAUGUACAAGAUUCGCGAUUUUUGUCUAAACGUUUCCAUAUUUGCUUUCAUAUUAUUUGUUAACUCGAUGAACCAAUUCCCUAUACCCCUUUCACAAGGAGUAAGACGAAUAAACCAAAAACAUAUUGAAUCCAGAAUAUGUAUUUUUACACUAACCUCAAGAUGGCUAAAUAAUAGUACGUUACAUUGGCUAACACCUCUUAAUACAAGCUCUAACCGGAAUGUAACGUUAGCUAAUGCAUUCAGUUUUUACCCAUCAUGAAAUGUGUUAUAGGUAAUUAAGAUGCUUUGCAAAUUAAGUUCAGUUUUGACAAGAACUUGUACAUACGAUACUAUUUGCUCUUGUGAGUCGAAUAAUUUUACCUCAGGGUUUCAAGGCAUCAGACGCAUAUUGCAAACCACACCAAUGAUAUGACUGGAUGCAGCUGUUGUCAUAUUAUUUGUAAUUGUUGCAAGUUUUGUUUGUAGUGAAAGUUUUCCCUUUAGAAGCACGCUCUAAACCAUUUUUAGCCAGGAUUCCAAAUAUGUUGAAUCGCCACUGUAAUUUUCUCUUCAUCACAUGACUCAAGACAACUCCUCCUAGUGUUGAUAUAUUUUCGAAGUUACACUACCGUCCACACCCCCAACAUACCAAAUCUGACACCUGCGAAUUUCACAGUAAAUAAUUCCUGUUUUUUUUUAACCACUUAUAAUUUCCCCCAUUCAUGCCUCCUCUGUAACCGCUUUUGAAGAACUUGCUUGACUGGUUUCUUUAUGGAAUUUUAGAGGUGGGCAAGGAAUGAUGGAAGAGUCUCAUUUUAACUCCUCCUACUUCUGGUCUCAUGUUCCUACUGUACAAGGACAGAUUGAAAACGCCAUGUUUCUGAACAAGAUGAAGGAGCAGCUGGGGCCGGACAAGAACUCUCCAUUCUCACACUCGGGCCCGCACUACCCCGCCGCAGUGCUCACCGUGCCUGGUGCUGUCACCAUGGACGCAGUGGCGGGCGGGCGGGUGCCUAAACAGGAGGGUGGGGGAGGGGGGUCGUCUCACCUGCACCCGCCUCACACCUCUCAGAACAUCACCGUGGUGCCCGUGCCCUCCUCGGGCAUCAUGACUGCAGCGGGCUUCGUCAUCACCACCCCGCAGGGUACGCUCGUCUCCCCGGCCUCCUGCUCGCAGUCCUUCGUCUCGGGCCACCCCACCACCACCAUGAUCGUGUCCGCCCUCCACCCACCCAACUCGGGUUAUGUAACCCCCCUCACGACUCCCAUAGAAAAGAAAGAUGUCAAUCAAGCACCUCCCAUCGUCAUCCCGACGCCGGGGAAGCGAGGCAGGAAGAAGAAGUCCGAGAUGCCACGCAUGGGGCCCACUGCCACGGGCCACGUGCUGCCCACAGGCAGCGAGGCGCUGAUCUUAGCACACUUGGCGGCAGGUGGACAGCAUCACCCAUCUGACCCCUAUGAUCUAUCAAAUGAGGACGAGGAGCAUGCGGUGAAGAAUGGGACCAAGACGUACAGGUGCCGGAUGUGCGCGGUGACCUUCUUCAGUAAGUCAGACAUGCAGAUCCACGCAAAGUCUCACACAGAGGCCAAACCGCACAAGUGCCCCCACUGCUCCAAAUCCUUCGCCAACUCCAGCUACCUGGCGCAGCACAUCCGCAUCCACAGCGGGGCCAAGCCCUACACCUGCUCCUACUGCCAGAAAUCGUUCAGGCAGCUCAGCCACUUACAGCAGCACACACGAAAUCACACCGAGUCCAAGCCACACAAGUGCCCCCACUGCACCAAGUCGUUUGCCAACACCAGCUACCUGGCCCAGCACAUCCGCAUCCACACGGGUGUGAAGCCCUACGCCUGUUCUUAUUGCCAGAAGACCUUCAGACAGCUCAGCCACUUACAGCAGCACAACAGGAUCCACACAGGUGACCGGCCGUAUAAGUGUGUGCAUCCUGGUUGUGAGAAAGCCUUUACCCAGCUCUCGAAUCUACAGUCACAUCGUCGGCAACAUAACAAGGACAAGCCCUACAAGUGCCACAGCUGUAACCGUGGCUACACGGACGCCGCCAGCCUGGAGGUGCACCUGUCCACUCACACGGUCAAACACGCCAAGCUCUACUCCUGCGGUCUGUGCAACCGCACAUACACAUCGGAGACAUACCUGAUGAAACACAUGCGCAAACACAGCCCAGAUCCCCUCAUGUCGGCGGCGGUGGUGGUCGCCCAACACGCCCAGUCCGGCGCCAACCAGAACCAGGGCCAGAACCCCAGUUCUUCUGCUGGGGGAGGAGCCCAGAACCGGGGUGACCGAGGCGACAACAGACCAGGCGGAGGCUCCGGUGGAGGCAGCGGCGGAGGUGGACGAGGAGGUGGAGGUGGACAAGGCCAGGGACAGUCCCAGGGAGGCCACGGUACCCCAGGCAGCUACCCCCAGGUGGAGGGUGUCCCAUGUCCCUUCGACCUGCACCAGUACAAGACUGUAGCAGCAGGGGACAUUCAGUACAAGCCUGUCAGCGUGGCCAGCCUCGCCGCCCACAAAGACCUGUGCCUCACAGUGGCCACCUCCACCAUCCAGGUGGAGCACCUCAACUCUUAGAGCAGGUGGAGGAGGACUGAGAGAGAAGGGGAUGGAGCUAGACAGCACUAAAGCACUGGCAGAAUGCCGAGGGUUUUGUUCGGUCUUAUGGAUAGUGUUUACUCAUGCAGAUGUUCGGUAGGAUACCUCUGGGAAUGCCGUUGAGUUUUUUUUUUAAUUAUUUUCAGAGGAUUUGACAUCUCAGCGGUGAAUAGAUGGAAGGGCUUUCCAACUUCUCUGACUCCACCCUAAAGAUGACAAGCAGGCUGCCCUAGUUGUUGUUUCUACAGCUUUAAUUCAAGUGAAGCUAAAUCGAAUUCUUGGUCAAAACGUAGGCCUGUAACAAUGCAGAUUUCUCCAAUAUAAAUAAUCUUAUUUUAUCUUAUCUUAUACACGCGAGGGCUCCUCAAGACUGGUCUGGUUAUCUAGCAAGCAAUAUCAAAAUGACUUCAAGAGGUGCCUCAAAAAGGGAUGGAGUCAUAGGAUUAGAACGCUCACACAGCUUCUUGUCACAACUUUGGAAUUUUGUUGCAGUCUUGCCAGAGGAAGACCAGGCAGAGUGCAGUAGUCUUGGUGGCUGACAUCUGAAGGGGUUUUCCAUUUUCCCCUGUUAGUAUGCUCCUCUAAAGCAGAUUAGGUACAAUAACAUUUGAGCAUUUGAAUCCCGAUGCCUUUUAAAAAUUCAGGACUUUGUCUAUGCAUCAAAUUUUAACAAUUGAAAUCAAAAGGCAAAGACUGUGGAAAUGAGCUUGGAAUGGAAUCUGGACAGUGAUGGCAAGUGUGAAUGAAACUCCAAAAGAGAAGAGAAGUUUCUUCCUUUUUGUCUACAUUUUGUACACUGAGGAUCUUCCUUGAAAGGCUUCCCUUUCGAUGGCAAAAGCCAUAUCAGUGCCGAUACACUACUUAUGCUCUCUGUGAAAGUAACUUUUCAUACUUUACUACGGACUGUGCUCAAUUUAUAUCUACCUUCAGUUUUAUUAUGGUUGUUGCAUCACAUUUUUGUAAGGUCCCUGUUAUGCUUCAUGUAAAGUAUCCACAUACUUUUUUUUUUUCAUUUUAAAAAGGGAUGUAUGUCUGUUUAUUUGUGUUGCUUUUUUUGGGGGGAGGGGACAGUUUCUAAAGUAUAUAUAAAUAUAUAUACAUAUAUGUGUUUGUGUGAAUGUGUGUGUGUGUGUGUGUGUGUGUGUGAAGGGAAAGUCACCAUGUAACAUGAACAUGUUUAACAUGUUUGGGAAAAGAAAUCUGGACACCCUGUUAAUCCCUUCUAACACAGUGGGGUUGGAAUGUGAUUUGCUGGUUGGUGCUGUAUGUAAUGCUCUAGUAUUUAGUUGUCUCUUUUUAAAAAAAAAUGUAUUCUUAUUAUCACUGUUAUAUUAUGACAAAGCGUACCUACUAUUAUAUUGUACUUUAUGCACCCAGCAUAGUAGAAUGACGAACCAGAGUGUUUACCCCAUCAAAACAAUAAAAGGAUUCUCACUGUAA